AUGGAGCCAUCAUCGAUAGGGGGAGGAUCAUCAGUUUCAGGCUCCACACAAACAUCCAAUGCCUCUUCAAGUUCCUUGUCUGGAAACAUCUUUAGAACAGUUAAUGAAUUUCUCACAAAUUUGUACAUGUCGGGAAAGUUGAGAAUGAAUGGUUUAACGAGACAAUAUACAUCAAUGAAUAGCAGUUUGUUAGGUGCUGGUGUUUCUAGUGCUGGAUUUUAUGAGAGCUUUAAUAGGAAACCUUCGUGGAAUGUAAGGUUGUGCAGAGGUUUACUGUUUGUCUGGUUUUUGUAUAUCAUGUGGAUUGGAGUGUGGUUACCUGGAUUAACUUCUCAUCAGGAUUAUUCACAAAUAUAUUCUUCAUCAUCUUCUGUUUCAUCAUCAAGCAAUUCAGGAAAUCAAACGAGUAGUAUAGUAAAUAAUGAAUUUAACACUUCACCGUUUGGAUUUGAAGGAGGAUGGGUAUUUAGAGUAUUGAAUUAUCCACUCACUUUAUCAACAGAUGCCAUUCCUUAUGAGGGAAUAAUUGCCUUGUCUGUCCUAUUUACAUUGAUUUCAUUGGUGAAUAUUAUCUUGAUGAUUAUUGGAAUGAAGAAGAGAUAUGGAAAUGUUUACAAAUUCUUGGAUAAAGUGGCGAUGUGUUGGGGAAUGAUUGUAUUAUUCAGUGGACCAGUUGCCUUGUUUAUUAUGAGCAGUUUUAUUGAUUGUAAUCCAAAUAUUAGGAUUGAAAUUGAGAAUCAGACAGCAAGUGUUUCUGGAUUGUCAAGAUUUCCAACAGUUCAGUGCUAUUCAGCUGAUAAUAUAGUAUUACUAGUUCUGAGUUUGAUUGGAAUGAUGAUUACAUUUGUGAGUUGGGGUUUCUCUGUGUUUUUAUUGCCAAUCAAUACACCCAAUGUUGGAAUUCCUUUUGUGACGAAGGAUAACUUUAUAUUGGCACCAACCAUUUGCACGAUAGGAUUGGAAUUGUUAAUCAUGUUCUUGAUUCCACCGAAUUUCAUGAUGGGGAGAGCGAUUGUUCAUCUCAUUUUGACAUUUAUCAACAUUCCACUCAUCAUUUACAGUUUACCAUUUUAUCAUCGAAUGAUGAAUUCACUCUAUUUUGGAAUUGUUUGUGCAAGAUUUGGAGUGAGUAUUGGAGUAUUGAUUAGCUCAUUGGUCAAUUUAAAUCUGUUGAGUGAUUUGGGACUUGGAAUGAUGGGAUUGAGUAUUGGAUUGGGAAUUCUAUUUUUCAUUCUUGCUUUUACUGCUUUGGAGAUUUACACGCUCGUUGUUUGCAGACAAAUAAGAAAUAUUUUCAAAACCAAGAUUAGUGCCUGUGAAAUAACUGAGAGCAGAGCAGAUUUAUCCCUGUACAACAUUAUUGAAAGAGAGGCAGUUUCCAUUUUCAUUGUUUGUGAACAAUUAUCUCUGAGACACUUGAUGUUGUUUUUACAAUUUUCAAUUGGGAAAAAUGUGAAACAUCACUCCCCCGAUCAUUACGGUGUGACUAUUGUCAGUGAUCCAUUGAUGGCUAUUGCUUUUGUGAAAUCCAUUUCUCAGCAGAAAUCCUUCCUUAAUACUGAAAUGUUGCUCAUUUCAAGUGUUUUGGUCAACUACAUUUGGCAAGAUGAUCACAGAUCUCAAUUUGCAAAUUAUCUACUAGCAAAGGCUCUUAAACAUUGUCAUCAAACUUUAAAGAGAGUUCUUAUCACUGAAAAACAAAAAGAAAUUGAAAUUACACUCAACGAGCUAACCAAGACAAAUAUGGAAGUAAGAAACACAAUUACAGAAUUAGAAAUAACCCUUGCUGAGCUUCGAAUUGUUCAUAAAUCAUUCUGGAAGGAAAUGUUGAACGAUAUUCCAAACGAAACCAAACUUUCACAAAUUAAUAGCAGAGCUUCUGUCCUAACACUAUUCUGUGACCAGAAUUUCCUCAAUCUUACCAAAGCUCACAGUCACGAUAAGACA